UAAAUUAACCCUAUCUGCUAAUUACGAAAACGACAUAAAGUUAGAGAACAGGAGAGAGAGAGGUAGGGAAGAGGACGGAGACAAGAGGACGUGGUUGGGUUAUUUCCUCCCACUCUUUUUCUUCUUCAAUUGUUCUUUCUUUUGGUGCUUUUUUCUCUCCUUAAUUUCUCUGACCGUCGCGGAAAAAAAAACCUUUUCGAGUUAUCUUCUUCAGGGAGGAAAAUCAAGAGAGAGAAGAAAAUUUUCAAUUUUUUGGGCAGAAAAAGGAAGAAUAUUGGAAGAAUCAAUCGAGAGGGGGAGAGAGAUUUGAGGGGGAAGGAGAUUAUGGAAGAGGCGAUGGCGGCUAGGUAUUGGUGCCAUAUGUGUUCACAGAUGGUGAAUCCAAUGGUGGAGGCAGAGAUCAAAUGCCCAUUCUGCCAAAGCGGCUUCGUCGAGGAGAUGAGUGAUGGUAAUGGCGAUAGCCCUCGAGACGUUCAAGAUCCAGAUUCCGACUUCGGAACGGACCGUGCCCUUUCUCUCUGGGCCCCGAUCUUGCUCGGCAUGAUGAGCAGUCCCCGGAGGCGUAGGAGGUUCAGGAGAGUAGAAUUCGCCGAAGAAAACGACGUUCAUGUUGAUGAUGAUGAUUAUGAUGGAAACGAUACCAACGAUCGUCGUCAUCAUCAUCGGGCUCGGAGGCAUGGUGAAGAGAUUGAUUUGGAUAGGGAGUUCGAGUCUAUCCUCAGGAGGAGGAGGAGAAGCUCAGCCACCAUACUGCACUUGCUUCAAGGAAUCCGAGCUCGGAUCGCGUCCGAGUACGAGAGCUCGGAAAACGCUGGCGAUUGGGAUAAUGGGGAUGGGGACAGAGUCAUUAUGAUCGGUCCUGCAACGGAUUCGAACCAAACUUCUCUAACGUCUCUCGGAGAUUACUUCGUCGGACCUGGUCUGGACCUGCUGCUUCAGCAUCUGUCUGAGAACGAUCCGAGCAGGCAGGGGACACCUCCUGCGGGGAAAGAGGCGGCGGAAUCACUGCCGGACGUGAGAAUAGCGGAGCAAUCUCUGCAAUGCUCGGUCUGUUUGGAGGAUUUCGAGAAGGGAGAAGAAGCAAAGGAGAUGCCAUGUAAGCACAAGUUUCACAGAAGAUGCAUAUUGCCAUGGCUGGAGCUCCAUAGCUCGUGUCCAGUGUGUCGGUACGUUCUUCCUCCUCCCGCUGGUGAUGAGGAUGAGACGACAAAGGUCGAGAGGGGAAGAGCCGUGGAAGAAAGUAACAGCAGAAGCGACAAUGGAAGGAACGAGGAGGAGGAAGGUCGGAACAGGAAUGGAAGAAGGUUCUCGUUCACGUGGCCGUUCGGUGGGUUGUUCUCGUCGUCUGCGUCUGGAUCUGGGGCCGGUGGUGGUGGUGAGAACAGUUCUAAUGGCGGUUCUUCUCGAGGAUAAUUGAUGUUUUCUUUUACUCGUUUUUGUGUUUUUGUUCAGCUUAUAUUCUGUACAGAAUUUCAUUCUCUUUCACUCAGAUUGCUGAAAAAAUGUUGGAGGAAUUUUUCUUCGUUUGCUUCCAUCCUCA